AUGGAGGAACUACGAGCUCUUAUCAAAGCGCAACCGCGGCCGCUAUCGCCUCGAAUCGUCCACGACCUGGUUCAGCAGGCGCUCACGUCCCGACACAUUUUUUCGUUUGGCGAAUUGCUCGACUUGGACGAGAUUAGCAACGGUCGGCAAGACGACCCGUGGAUCCAGACGCUGCGAAUCUUUGCGUACGGCACGUGGUCCGACUACGUGGCGCAGAAGGAGCCCGCAAACCUGCCGGAUCUCACAGAAAAACAGGCAACCAAACUCCGACAGCUGUCCAUCAUCUCGCUCAUCACAGACGACCCCAGCGUGCAGCAGGAGGGCAUUCUCAAGUACCACGACAUUGAGAAGGCGGUGGGGCUAGGCGAGGAGAGCCAGCUGGAGGAUCUCGCUAUUGACUGCAUUUACCGAGGUCUGUUCCAGGGCCGAAUCAACUCGCAACUGCAUCUGGUGGAGGAGUGUCGGUUGGGCAAUGUGGAAAGAGACGUGUCUCCCGCACAGGCGGUGGAGAUUGAGGCUGCGCUGACGGAGCUGCUCAAUCGUAGCCAGAACGUGCUGGAUGAGCUGGAGGAAAGCAUCAAGCAGGUUGAGCAUGACGCACACGAGCGAAACUUGUCGGUGCAGAAAUACAACCAACUGCUCAAGACGAAACCCAAGCCUGCGGUAUCGAAAACGAAGUCUUAA